AUGGCAGCAAACUCUAUACGAAGCUCAGACGCAGCAAAAUGGAUCUCUAUACGCACUGCAUCGAUCACUGUUGAUUUUUUUACACCAAAUGGCGGGAAACAGAAUGUGAUUCCAUUGACAGAGCAAAUACAGCAGUUUGCGAGUGUUCACGGCUCUCUUAUGGCUGCAAUGGGUCCCGUACCAACCCUAAGGUUUCCUUCCAAGUCUUUGCUCUUCAUUAGCAUUGGCAGCAAUGAUAUCUUCGAAUAUUACCAUUACAACAAUAAAUUAUCAAAGGAAUGUUUCUUGGCCAAUUUACGAUUCGCUUACGAGAACCAAUUAAAGGUUCUACUCGAACUGGGAGCAAGGAAGUUUGGGAUUAUAAGCGUCCUGUCAAUUGGCUGUUGUCCAUCUCAGAGGCUCUAUAGUCCUAACGGGGAUUGUUUGGAGGAGCUGAACGACCACGCAAGAGCUUUUCACACAAAGAUUAAGUCAAUCUUGUGCAGGCUCAGCGAAGAAUAUCAAGGCCUGAAGUACUCACUUGGAAACGCGUACGAGAUAACAAUUAAUGUCAUAGACAACCCACUUCCAUUCAAUUUUACGAACAUGAAGACUGCAUGUUGUGGAGCUAGGAGGCUCACUGCAGAAUCCAUUUUCAAUCCAAAAGCAAAUCUUUGUCCGAGUCGCGAUAUUUACCUGUUCUGGGAUUUGUUCCACCCAACAGAGGCUGGUGCUCAGCUGGCAGCAGUAACGCUCUUCUACGGUCCCACAAGAUUUGUAGCCCCUAUCAACUUUUCUCAAUUGGCCCGGGCGUAG